CAUUUGUGCAGGGUACUUCCUUCCUGCUGGGGAGCAGGAGGAGAUCGAUGGCCAGCAUGGCCUCCGGCUGUGCCUGAGUGGAGGAGACUGUAGCUUAUGUAGCCAGCAUUCAUGGUGCUGCAAGGUUGUUUCAUACAAAAACUCCUCUGGACAUACUCCCCAGGCAAGGAGGAGGAGUUUGUCUUGUUUUAUGACACCCCAGAGCCACAGCGAUCACGUCUCUUCCCUGGAAAUCAGCACAAUCGGACCCGGGGGCCCAGAGCCCUGCCCUGCGCUGGUGGCAAGGACCUGGUUGACGUCCAGUGGUACCGACAGCACGGGGAUGGGGGUCCGGUCGAGGCAAUUGCUGGUGGCCACCCUCAUGUCACUCAGCGCAAGAGCACGCUUCACUUCAGCACCCAAGAGGCGGCCCAGGCUGGGACAUAUAUUUGCAGAGGCAGGAUUAGGAGUGCCCCGGAUGUGCAGGUGACCUGCUGCCUCAAAACCCUCCUAGAGGUGGCGCCUCAGACCACGGCCCCUUGUGCUGCCUCUGCACCCCAUAAGCAGUACCUGCUUCUGGGUACCGUUGGCUCCAUUCGCUGUCCCCAUCUCAGCUGCCCAGGGAACACACACAGGCCAGAGGUGACCUGGUACCAGAAUGGAAGAGUCCUCCCUGGGGAAAAGAGCGAUUCCAUUCUGCUGGAUGACAUUUAUGACUACCACCAGGGCACGUAUGUGUGCGACUACACUGUGUCACCAAACGUGACUUCCUUGACCACCAGAGCUGUGGUGCAAGUGAGAACCAUCGUGGCUGACACCAAGUUCAAACCAGACAUUGUGUAUCCUGCCAAGGACGUCCUGGAAGUAGAACUUGGAAAACCUUUAACUCUGCCCUGCACAGUUCGGUUUGGCUUCCAGCGUGACCUUCACCCUAUGAUCAGGUGGUACAUCAAAUCUGCUGGCCAGCUGUGGGAAUUUCCAACAUUUCAGGAGAAAAGUGUUAAGUCCACCAUGGAGGAGGAAGUCAUGGAGCGUGUCAUCUUCUUGAAGGAAGUCACACAGAGUGACCUGGGGUGACAGUUCCUGUGCUUUGCCCAGAACUCCAUUGGGAAUGUGACCAGGUCCCUCCGACUGCAGGAGAAGAGAGGAGUGCUGCUCUUCUAUGUCCUGCUUGGCACGGUGUCAAUCCUGGUUGGCGUGUUGGCGGCAGGCGUCCUCGUCUACACCUACUGGAUCGAAAUUCUGCUGUUGUACCAGACUUGCCAGAGGAAGGGGGAAACUCUCGGGGAUAAGAAGGAGUUCGAUGCUUUCGUGUCCUAUGCGAAAUGGGGCUCCAUGGGCAGUGAGGACGAGGCCCCUCUCAGUGAGGAGCAGCUGGCCCUGAUCCUGUUUCCUGAGGUCCUGGAAAACAAAUAUGGGUUCACCUUGUGUUUGCUGGAAAGGGACGUGGCCCCUGGAGGAGUGUAUUCAGAAGACAUCGUGAACGUCAUUAAGAAGAGCAGAAGAGGAAUAUUUAUCUUGAGCCCCAACUACCUCAAUGGACCCCAACUCUUUGAACUUCAAGCUGCUGUGAAUUUGGCCUUGAAUGACCAAAUGCUGAAACUCAUUUUAAUUAAGUUCUGUUCCUUCCAAGAACCAGAAUCUCUCCCUCUUCUGGUGAAAAAGGCGCUCAGAGUUCUGCCAACCAUCACUUGGAGAGGCUUAAAAUCAGUUGCCCCCAAUUCAAGGUUCUGGACCCAGGUGCGCUGCCACAUGCCCGUGAAGAGCUAGCGGCGGAGUGCGAGGGGCCAGCUCAGAACCAGCCCAUGGGCUGUGCUGCUAGAAGGGGCCUAGCAGGUCAGGGAUUGCGGGGACACGCUCCCAGCCUAAGGUCCAGGGCAGCUUCUCACCAGCAGAAGGAGAGACUGAUGGGCAUGGAGUGAGCUCAGGGCAGGCAGCAUCUUCCUCCUGCCGUCCAUCCGGAGAGGCCAGUUAGGGCCCCUGACUUCCUGGACUGGGAGGGGAACACGACUGGACCUGCAGGGACUCCUGCUUCUGCCUCAGCCUCCUGCCUCUGUCGCAGGCAGAGCUGUACCCAUGGGCAGUCAGAUAAACAUCAGCACAUCAGACACAUUUUUAAAACUCCCAAGUGCAUGUGUGCAGUGUGUGACGUUUGCAGCCCUUGUGUGGAGCCAGUGCGGGUGCAGAGUGAGUCUCUCUUCCUUUCCCAUCCCCUUUCCCUCCCUCCGUCUUGAUCCCAUGCCCAUUUCAGCACGCUGUGUGUCCCUCUUUCCUACUUUCUAUCUCUUACAUUUCUCUUUAUUUAUGGUUUGGGUUUCCACAUAAAAGAGGCCAUGUGAUGUUGAA